AUGCUCUGGUGUGUACAGACACCCCGCCGCCUCUGCAGCAGCACACUGCUGGGCCCCGCCCCCAACAUCCUCUCUCCUGCUGCUGCUGCUGCUACUGCUGCUGCUCCUGCUGCUGCUGCUGCUGCUGCUCCAUGCGCUGCAGUAGACCGCUGCAGCAGCAACCGUGAGGCGUCCGUAUACAGCAGCAACAGCAGCAGCAGCAGCAGCAGCAGCAGCAACACCUUCAGCAGCAUUUGCCGCAUUAACCCCUCAUAUGCAUGCGGCUGCUUGCAGCAGCAGCAGCAGCUGCUGCUGCUGCAGCAGCACCAGCAGCAGCAGCAGCAUGUGCAGCAGCAGCAGCAGCAGCAGCGAAGCCUCUUUGACCUGCCAGCAUCAUUUGUUCGAUUCGGCUUACAGCAGCAUCCCCAGCAGCAGCAGCAGCAGCAGCAGCAGCAGCAGCAGCAGCAGCAGUUGCUGCAGCACGAGGAGCUUCGGGUGUCUGUACACCGCAGAGAAGAAUAUUUUGGUGUCGUUAAGGACGUCGCCAGUUACAGCCAGUUCAUACCCUGGUGCAGCGCUAGCAGGGUUUUGUCUUCGUCUAUAUCUACCCCUGUAGAUUUCGUCUAUAUCUACCCCUGUAGAUUGCUGCUGCACGCACCACAACCCCAGCAGCAGCAGCAGCAGCAGCAACAGCAGCAGCAGCAGCAGCAGCAGCAGCAGCAGCAGCAGGAGGUGCGUAAGUGCCGUUCUGUUAUAUAUCAGCAGAUUGGGCGUUUGUUUCUGCAUGAGGUAGCAGCAAAGACAGCUGCUGCUUUUGAUCGUCGCGUUGCUGCUGUUUUUCCUAGGCUGCCAGCAGCAGCAGCAGCAGCAGCAGCAGCAGCAGCAGCACCAGCAGCAGCAGCAGCAACAACAACUGCAACUGCAGCAACAACUAGAACUAUAGCAGCAGCAACAGCAACAGAGGGAACAGCAGCUGCUGCUGCUGCAGAUUUACACGCUGCAGCAAAAAAGCAUAGUGCUGCUGCUGCUGCUGCUCCUGCUGCUGCUGCUGCUGCUGCUGCGGAGGCCAAACGUGCAGCAGCAACCCCCGUAGAGCAGCAGCAGCAACUGCAGCAGCAGCAGCAGCAGCAGCAGCAAGAGCAGCAGCAGCAGCCGAGUGACCGGACUGAGUGGAUGCUGUCUCCUGGGGCCCAUCAAGGUAAGUGGCAGCCGCGUGACAUUGCGUUGCUGCUGCGUCGCCUGGAGAUGCUGCAGCAGCCUUCAGCAGCAGCAGCAGCAGCAACCAACACUAGCAGCAGCAGCAGCAGCAGCAACAGCAGCAGCAGCAGCAGCAGCAGCAACAGCAGCAGCAGCCUGACACACGAAGAAGCAAGAAGCCUCCGCAUGCUGCUCUGCUCCCCUUUGGGGCUGCAGGCGCAGCAGCAGCAGCAGCAGCAGCAACAGCAGCAGCAGCAGCAGCAGCAGCAGCAGCAGCAGGCUCUGCUGACAGCACUGCGGGAUUUGUCGCAUGCAGUUGCUGCUGCGCCGCUUUUUGCUGGCAGCAAAUGCAUGCAGCAACAGCCCCAAAGUGAAGGUAGAGAUAACUGCAGCAGCAGCAGCAGCAGCAGCAACAGCAGCAGCAGCAGCAGCAGCAGCAGCAGCCCAGGAUAA